AUGAAACAAAUCAAUUCUAAAGUGGAUUCUAGUUUGUGUACUCUUGCCCCCGGUAAGGAACCCUGCAUCACAGAUCCCUUAUCAGUCAGUGGGAACAGUACUACUUCAUCUAUGAGUGUAAAAUCCACCCCUGAAAUAGAGAAGAAGUUUGUUCAUCAUGUAUAUGAUGCUAUUGCUCCGCAUUUCAGUGCCACUAGGUUCGCCAAAUGGCCGAAGGUUGCAUCAUUUUUAUCAUCUUUGCCUUUGGGGUCUCUUGUCCUUGAUGCGGGAUGCGGGAAUGGGAAAUAUUUAGGGUUGAAUCAGGAUUGCUUUUUCAUAGGAUGUGAUAUAAGUCCUUCCUUGAUUAAAAUCUGCUCGGAUAGAGGGCAUGAAGUUUUGGUUGCAGAUGCUGUGAAUCUUCCUUACAGAGGCGGUUUUGGUGAUGCUGCGAUAUCAAUAGCUGUGUUACAUCAUUUAAGCACUGAAAAUAGAAGGAGAAAGGCAAUAGAAGAAUUGGUCAGAGUUGUUAAAAAGGGUGGCCAUGUUCUGAUUACAGUUUGGGCUGUAGAGCAAGAGGAUACGACACUGAUUACCAAAUGGACUCCACUGAACGAGAAGUAUGUUGACGAGUGGGUGGGACCAGGGAGUCCUCGCGCUCGGGCACCUUCACCCUUGCCAUUAGAAAGUAUUCCUGAAAGUGAGGAGAGUGGCACUGGUGAGCACAUGAAAGUUUGCAGUGAGUCAAAUGUCUCAAGAGAUUUGGAGGAAGAGAAACAUAUAAAGAACCAACAGGAAUACUUUGUUCCCUGGCAUUUACCUUAUCAUCGUGCUGAAAUUAGUGGUGCUUCUGCUCAUGCUCUUGCGGCUGGUCUGGCAACUAAAGAUGACAAAAAAGGUGCUGUGGUGUAUAAUCGAUAUUAUCAUGUUUUUAGUGAAGGCGAACUUGAAAGUUUGACAACUGGAAUAAACAAUGCUAGAAUUGUUGAUCAAUUUUUUGAUAAAUCCAACUGGUGUAUUAUUCUAGAGAAAACAUCAUGA